AUGACAAUGCCUAUUCAACGUAUUGACUACGGAGAUGUGCACAAAAUUACAUCUGGUCAGGUAAUUAUUGACUUGACAUCAGCUGUAAAAGAAGUUGUAGAGAAUGCACUCGAUGCCGAGUCUACUCAGGUCAAUGUCAUCUUCAAGAAUUAUGGAUUAGACUCAAUCACAGUUAGUGACAAUGGCACAGGUAUAAGACCUGAAGACUUUGAAAACAUCUGCCUCAAGCAUUAUACUUCAAAGCUUACGUCUUUUGAGGACGUGGAAACAGUGGGGACGUUUGGUUUCAGAGGUGAAGCCAUGAGUUCUCUCUGUGCUAUAGCUCAUGUGUCUAUAGUGACAGCUACGAAGGAGGAGGCACCCAAGGGUUGUAGUUUAAAGUAUAAUCAACUUGGCGUGUUGGAAUCAAAGGAGCUGGUAUCCAGAAGUUGUGGAACUAGCGUGAUCAUUGACAGUUUGUUCCAUAAUCUUCCCGUGAGAAAGAUCGACCUUACCAAGAAUAUUAAGAGGGAAUACCACCGGGCAGUGGAUUUCUUGCAAUGUUAUGCCUUAAUCAGCACCGGAGUCCGACUUAUAGUGCAUCAUAUUGACUCACGGGGCCGCAAAUCGAUCAUACUCUCUACUACUGGAUCCAUCAAUUUGAAGAAUAACAUGCUUUCUGUGUUUGGGUCCAACGGUAUGUAUGGAUUGGAAGCUGUCGAUUUGAAUAUAAAAGUGGCUGCAAAGUUUCAUAGGGAACAGAUGGCACUCAAAGUCUCUGGGUUUGUAUCCAAUGCUUCGUUUGGUCAGGGGAGGUCUGCCAGUGAUCGGCAGUACUGGUAUAUUAAUAAGAGGCCGGUCCUGUUACCACGAUUCAGUAAGGCCAUCAAUGAGACAUAUAAGAAAUUCAACUACUUGCAGUAUCCGACGAUUCUGUUAAAUAUUGAGGUGGAUGCGAAGUUUGCGGAUGUAAAUGUGACCCCAGAUAAGAGAACUGUUCUAAUUAAUAAUGAGGCAGCUGUACUUGAAGCAUUUAGAGAGGGUUUUCAUGGAUUGUUUAGUAUGAAUGGUGUUAAAAUACCUAAAAAUAAUGGUGUCACUGAAAAGAUUACCGAAAGAAACAAGAAGCAGACUACAUUAGAGAGCUUUUCUAUGGGGGGAAGGAAUGAGGUGGUUCAAUCAGAGAAUCGGGAGGUUUCUGAAGAUGAAUCUGUGGGAUCCUCUAAUUCUAAUGAUUCUAAACAUAUUGCGUAUCCUGAACCCAUUACGACUUCUAAACCAACUGAUACCCCGGACUCUAUUGCCGAUCCUGAACCCAUUGAUGAUCUGGAACCCAUUGACAGUUCUAGACCCAUGGUCGAUCCUGAACCCAUUGAUGAUCUGGAACCCAUUGACAGUUCUAGACCCAUGGUUGAUCCUAAAUCCAGUGAUGAUCUGGAACCCAUUGACAGUUCUAGACCCAUGGUCGAUCCUAAAUCUAUUGAUGAUCCCAUUGAAAGUUUCGAACCCAUUGAUGCUCUUAAUGAGUGUGUCCAAGAUACUGAUAAUACAUCUACGCUCGCAUCUUCAUCUUUCACAAGUAAGCCAGCAUCCCGAGUCACGCUAUCCAAGAAAUUGGGAAAUGUAGCAUUUUCUACUCUCAAUGUGGAUCAAAUGGUGGAAUUUGAACUUCCAAAGUCAUCUACCAAUGCUAAGAGAAGGAAGUCGUUGAUUUCUAAUAGCUGUAUGAAUAAGAAACAGAAAUUGGACGAUAUUUCGGACAACAAUGCGGAGGAAUUGUUGACUUUGACCGUAUCAAAAAAAGAUUUUAUGUCCAUGCAAGUUGUUGGUCAGUUUAAUCUUGGAUUCAUUUUAGUGACCAAGAAAAAUGUCGAAACAGGAAAGAUGGAUAUGUUUAUUGUAGACCAGCAUGCUUCAGACGAAAAAUACAACUUUGAACGUCUACAAAAAGAAACCACCUUUAAGAAUCAGCCUUUAGUGAUUCCACAAAAGCUUGAAUUGAACGCAGUGGAUGAAAUGGUGGUGAUUAAUAGUAAGAAAAUCUUCGAAAAAAAUGGUUUCAAGCUACGUAUCAAUAUGGAAAAUAAUCCUGGUACUCGGGUUCAACUACUGGCCUUGCCAUACUCGAAAAAUACUAUCUUUGAUCUCUCCGAUUUCUAUGAGUUGAUCAAUCUUGUAAGGAAAAGUGAUGGCAAUCCUGAUGUUCGCCCCUCCAAAGUCAGGUCGAUGUUUGCCAUGAGAGCUUGUAGAUCCAGUAUCAUGAUAGGUAGGCCGCUGAGCAAGAAAAUUAUGACCACAGUGGUUCAGCAUCUUUCGGGUUUAGAUAAACCUUGGAACUGCCCGCAUGGUAGGCCAACUAUGAGACACCUUGUGGAGUUACAAGGCUGGGGUGCGUUCACAGAAGAUUGCCAGUGA